AUGUCCAAAGAAAUUCUAUCAUCACCAGCAAAAACAAAACUUCCGUUACAAGGUGUUGUCAUUUUUGUUAGUCAACAAUUAGCGACGAGUAGAACGACGUUACAUGAACAAUGUACAGCACUUGGUGGAAAAUUUGUUUGGGUAUUUGAUGUACCUUUUACUCAUUAUAUUUGUCAAGGAAAAUUGAGUAAAAGAGGAAAAGAAUAUAAAAAAGCUAUAGAACAUAGAGCAUUGUGUGUACAUCCAGCAUGGCUUAAAGCUUGUCAAAAAUUUGGACAACGUGUAGAUGAAAAAUUAUAUGCUACUACUUAUGAUCCAAAUCGAUCUUUGACCUUUAUUUCUGCUGGUGAUGAUGAUGAUGAUGAUGAUGAUGAAGAAGAAGAAAAUCAUCUUCCCUCAUUAACAACAAUAAAGUCUACUUCAUCUCUAAAACUUAUUCAAACUCCUCGUAUUAUACCAAUUAUCAACAAGAAGAAAAAACCUCAUAUUACUACAGUUGCUCCUACUAUUGAAAUUUCAUCACCAAGAGUCAUUCCAUCAGUCCCGAAACAAUCAUCACAAAUUUCUAAUGAAGCUGAAACAAUGCUCAAUGAUCUUGAAUCAUCUUUAGCACAAUUUCUUAAUCAUAAUAAUAGUAAUAGUAACAGUAAUGCAUCUAUAUCUCGUCCAUCAAUGAAUGAUGAUGAACAAAAUAAAAAAUCACUUCAAAUAAUUCGAUCAAUAAGUAAUAUUAAUUAUAAUAAUACUAACAAUGGUACAAAUAUCGAACCAUCGAUGCGUGUCGAAUGGCUCGAUGAUGCAAUGCAAGCUGAACGUAAGAAAAUGAUAGAUGAAGAUGAACAUGGUAUCAGUAGUCAACAACAAUCUUUAUGUGAAGAAUCAAAAAUUGGACUCAAACGGCCUUUAGUCGAUUCUAAUUUCAAUCAAUCAUUUAAUGCAAAAAAAUGUCGAACGUAA